UUUAUAUUAGAUAGCAAUUUUUUCCAAUAAAACCUCCGAACGAAAGCCACCGCGAAUUGGCAAGUAGAGGGAAGAAGAGUGGCAAAAAAAUUCCCAUUGCAGCGGGAAAAUUUUCCGAUGUAAUCGGACCGAACCCAAAUCGUGUAGCCCAAUCUAUUGCGCACACCCCACACACUGCAGCCUCUUACUCUCUGAUUUCCUUCUUUGCCUCUUCCCUUUCAAUUUCUAUGUUUCUCAGCUUCCGCUUUCUUCCCAUCUUCGUUUCCACCCUUUGCUAAUUUCCCUGUAAUUGGGAACUUCAAUUUUCUCCUUUUCUCUUUCCCGUUUCCCCAAACUUUCCCUUUUUUCAUCGAUCCCACACACUUGGCAUUCAAAGAUCGUAAAUUAUUGCAAAAUUAAUUGAACCCCAUUUUGGAAUUAAUGGGUGUCUCCUUCAAAAUCUCGCAAAAGGGUAAAAGGUUUCAUCCAAAGCCUUUUAUUAACCAAGCUGGGAGCACUGUUCUUGAUGAUGACGAGUCUAAGGAUGGGUCGAGAGUAGUUUUGAAGAACGAAUCUUCCCUAGCUCGAAAACUUGAGGGUGAAGAAACUGAAAGAAAUGGGAAUGUAAAUGGGGUAACUGGAUCUUCUUUAGGUCGUCUAAUUCCAGAAAAUGGAGUUUCCUUCACUUUAAACCUGUUUCAGGAUGGAUAUUCUAUCGGAAAGCCAUCAGAGAUUGAACCUACACACCCAAGUACUCUACAGGACAAUUCAAAGUUGCUUCCUUAUGACAGGAAAUCUGAAAACUUGUUUUCGGCUAUUGAAUGUGGCCGAUUGCCUGGAGAUAUCCUUGACGACAUACCUUGCAAAUAUUUCGAUGGCACAAUUGUUUGUGAGGUGCGAGACUUUCGUGGACGCCCUCCUGAACAGGGGCCUGGUGCUCAAUCGACUGAUGGUUUACCUAUUGUCAACAAAAUACAUCUUAGGAUGUCCUUGGAAAAUGUGGUGAAAGAUAUUCCAUUAAUUUCUGAUAAUUCAUGGACCUAUGGUGAUCUGAUGGAAGUGGAGUCCCGCAUUCUGAAGGCAUUACAACCACAACUUAAUCUUAAUCCUGCUCCUACAUUUGAUAGGCUUUGUAACAGCCCAGUUCCUAUGAAGCUCAACUUUUCUCAGUACAGUGAGCGGAGGAAGCGAUUGAGACAGCUUUCAGAAGUAUCUAUCUCAUCUAAUAGUAGGUGUGGAAAGAAGAUUUGCUUAGACAGAGUACCCGAAAAUUUUAAUACUAGACUGGGAGAUUCAGGAGCCGUUUCUGGAAAUUUGAAUGCCCAUGAUAAUGUAGCUGGUCAAAAUAUGAUUCUAAAUGAGAUGAUGGCAUCAAGACCAAAGAACUUUACUUCAGAUGCUACUCUUCCCGCACAAUCUGCAGUAGCUGUUCCUCAAUCCAGGUAUUCUAUGGGCAGUGGAACCCCAAGAGGUAUGAUUGAUCAAGCAGCUGGUACAGUUCUUAAUCCAUCUGGUGUUUCCCCCAGCGGGCAAGAAAUGAUGUCAUAUGUAGAUAAUUUGAACCCUAAUGUCUCUCUUCAUGCCAAGAGGGAAACUCAAGAUGGGCAAAUGUCACCCUUGUCCAGCUUUAACAAGAGACCAAGGCCAUCUCUUAUGGGUAUUGAUGGAAUUCAACAGCACCCAUUGGCGUCCAUGGAAAGUCCCCAGGGAUCUGACAUGAAUUGGAAGAAUAUGUUGCAACAGAAAGCAAUAGCAAGAGGCAUGCAGUACUCAAACGCGGGAGUGCAAAAAUUUUCUCCACAGAUGUUUGAGGGAGUCCUGAAUCAGGAUUCUGUGCAAAUACCGUUUGCCACAGGACAAUCAACUAUGCGAUAUGGAGCCAAGGAAGAGCAGUUUGAUUCCGAAAAGAUGGAUGGAUCUGACAUUAGUCGAAACAAAACUGAUAUGCAGAUGAUGGAAACAGAAAACCACCUAGAUCCUCAGCACCCACGGGUUCAGCAAAGACCUCCACAACAAGCAUUUAUGAGAUCUAAUCUCUCUCAGCCUCCUUGGAAUAAUUUUGGUCAGCAUAUUGAGAAGGAAGCAAGAAAGGAGGACCAACUAUCGAAAAGAAAAUCAGUUCAAAGUCCUCAUGUAUCAGCAGGAGCUAUGGCUCAACCAUCCUUGUCAAAAUCAGGGGAAUUCUCCAGUGGUGGCUCAGGUGGACCACACUAUGGAGUGCCUGGAAAUAUUUCUGCACUUGCAUCAGCACAAAAGGAUAAGCCUGGCAUUAAUCCCGUUUCUCAUGUUGGUGGAACUCCAUCCUUGACUUCCAGUGCUAAUGAUUCAAUGCAAAGGCAACAUCAGGCCCAAGCUGCUGCAAAGCGAAGAUCGAACUCCCUCCCCAAAACCCCAGUAAUCAGUGGAGUUGGAUCUCCUGCUAGUGUUGGUAAUAUGAGUGUCCCUCUGAAUGCAAACAGUCCUUCAGUUGGGACUCCACCUUUUGCUGAUCAAAGCAUGAUUGAAAGAUUCUCAAAGAUUGAAAUGGUAACUGCAAGGCAUCAACUCAACCUUAAAAAGAGCAAGGCCAAUGACUAUCCUAUCAGAAAAUCAAGUACAUAUUCUGCUCACAAUCUUGCAACCCUUCUGGCAAACUCGUCUAUUAAUGAUGGUUUAAAAGAUGACGCUGGUCCAAGGAAGAUGUCAAAGUCCCUUAUUGGUGGCAGCUUAAAUGCCUGCAAAAGAAGGGUGUUAACUUUUAUGUUGCAAGACCGUACACCUCAAGGAAUGGAUUCGUACGUUACUAGGUUACGAAGUAGAGUAAUCCUGUCAGAAAAACCCAAUGAUGGAACUGUAGCAAUUACUUAUGAAGAUAUAGAUGAUUCCGUUUUUCUGGCUAUUGAGGAUUGUCUUCCGACAUUGCCUAAUACUCUUUUGGCAGAUUUACUUGCUGGUCAAUUAUCUUCCUUGAUGGUUCAUGAAGGAUAUGAUCUUAUUGAAGAUGUUAUUCAACUUAGGCCAACACGGAUAAACCCAUCUGCAAACAAUCAAUCAAAUGCUGCUGGUCAUCCCCAUAUUAAUCCAGCAGCAGAAAUGCAGAAUUAUGGAGAAGCUUUUCCAAGUCAAACAUCCAAUGAAGUUCCAAAGCCUAGCGGUAGCGGUAAUGCUUCUCUGCUCAAUGCAUCCCAUAGUCUUCUAGGAAACGCAAGAAUGUUGCCUCCUGGAAAUCCUCAGGCAAUGCAGAUGUCUCAAGGAAUUUUGGCAGGGGUUUCGUUACCCGCAAGGCCACAACAGGUAGAAGCUCAAGCAUCAAUGCAGCAGCAGCAGCAGCAACAACAACAACCGCAGCCAUCACAGCAGCAGAAUCAGCAAAGCCUUGCUCAACCUCAACAUCAACAGUUCCAGAGACAAGUGAUGCUCGGAACAAACACCCUCUCGCAUUUGAAUGCCAUUGGUCAGAAUCCUAACGUUCAAUUGGGAACUAACAUGGUGAACAAGUCGUCAAUUCCACUUCACCUAUUACAGCAGCAGCAGCAGCAACAGCAGCAAUCACAGAUGCAAAGGAAAAUGAUGAUUGGAGCUGUGGGUAUGGGUAGCAUGAACAAUAACAUGAUGGGACUUGGAAGCCUUGGCAGUUCAAUUGGUGUAGGAGCUACCCGAGGAAUAGGAGGAACUGGACUGCAAGCACCCAUGGGAUCUAUUCCUACCAUGGGGAAUGCAGGUCAAAAUCCAAUGAACUUAACCCAGGCAUCUAGUUUUAACAACGCUCUCAAUCAGCAAUUUCGAGCAGGGACAUUAACACCAGCCCAGGCACAAGCUUAUAAAUUCAGGAUGGCACAGAACCGAGGCAUGCUCGGUGCUGCCUCUCAAUCAGCAAUAACUGGAAUACCGGGAGCAAGACAGAUGCAUCCAAGCUCAGGUGGACUUUCAAUGCUUGGACAAACUCUGAACCGUGCUAGCCUGACCCCGAUGCAACGAGCAGUAGUUUCUAUGGGUCCUCCAAAGUUAAUGCCGGGAAUGAAUCCGUACAUGAAUCAGCAGCAGCAGCAGCAGCAGCAACAGCUACAACAACAAAUGCAACAGCAACAGCAAAUGCAACAGCAACAACAGCAGCAGCAACAGCAGCAACAACAACAACCUCAGCAACAGCAGCUACAACCUCAGCAAUUACAACAUCCUGAAACAACACCACCACUUCAGGCUGUUGUUUCACCACAACAAGUGGGUUCACCUUCAACCAUGGGAGUUCAACAACUCAAUCAGCAGCAGCAGCAACAGCAGCAGCAGCAGCAGCAAACUGCUAGCCCGCAACAAAUGAAUCAGAGAACUCCGAUGAGUCCGCAGCAAAUGAGCUCAGGGACAAUCCAUGCCCUUAGUGCUGGGAAUCCUGAGGUUUGCCCUGCUAGCCCUCAGUUGAGUUCACAAACUCUUGGUUCAGUCAGUAGUAUUGCAAAUUCUCCUAUGGAUAUGCAAGGUGUGAACAAGAGUAACUCUGUAAAUAAUUCAUGAAAGUAUAAUUUUUAGAGGUGAUGAUUUGUUUUAAAUUUCCUUUUUCUAGUUUUUCAGACAUUUUUUUAAGAAUGUGUAACUGUAGAAUUAUCAGAUCAUUGGUAUGUAGGAGAAUAUUCACCUGUUCUUAGCUUGUAAGGUAGAGGAUUUCAAGAUAUGUACAGUUAAAUGUAGAAAAAUUAAUGUGAUAAAGUUUGAUAUUUUGAAUUUGUA